AACCUUUUAAUUCAGAUGAUAAUUUAUGAAGCAGUGGUUCUGUAGCCAGACAAAUCUGGCUCAGAGUGGCAUCAGAGUUUAGGCCUGAUGUAGUAUUAUUGCAACUGUAUAGACACCAUAUAGGUAGGAAGGUAGUAUUACGGUUAGAGGUACUAUUUUCUGAUAACUGCAACCAUUCUUCCCUCAUGAACACCAGGUAUUGCUCAUGGCCCAGCUGUGGCUGGGGUGAUUGGUGCCACCAAGCCCCAGUAUGACAUCUGGGGGAUGACUGUGAACCUGGCCAGCCGCAUGGACAGCACGGGGGUCAGCGGGCGCAUCCAGGUCCCAGAGGGAACCAGCAAGAUCCUGGCGGAUCGCGGCUUCAAGCGCGAGUUCCGUGGCGACAUCUUUGUGAAGGGCGUGAGCGAGAAGCAGGGUGGCGUCCGCACCUACUUCAUCAGCAGCCGAGAGCAUAGGUCCAGCUACGCGGAACGCCUCACCAGCCGAUCGGGCCAGUAUGGACGCAACACGCUGUCUGGAGUGGUGUUUUCCCUGGUGCAGGCGCGCAAGAAGGAGGAGCUGAGAGAGGCUAACGGAGGUUUCCAUCUACUGGAGGUUUCAUAG